AUGGACCGGCCCUUCACGCCCUACGAGCUGGACUUGGCCAUCCGCGACUCCUCGCACGGCGCAGCCUCUGGCCUGGAUGCCAUUCUGAAUGAAUUUCUGCAGCAUCUGGGGCCUGCUGCCCGUGGGACACUUCGAACGAUGAUCAACAUCUGCCUUUCAGAUGGCUGCGUGCCGAUGUCCUGGAAAAUAGGGGAGACAAUCCCUGUCCCUAAAUUUGGGAAGGAUCCCUGCCGCGCAGAGAGCCACAGGCCGAUUGCGUUGCUCUCUGCCUUGCUUGAGGUGACCGAGAAAAUGGUUCACCGCCGCCUGUCGGCGUUACUGCCGCACCACCCACGUCAGUUUGGAUUCGUGUCAUCGCGCAGGACCUCAGAUGUAGUGACUCUUGUCCUUGACAGGAUCACGCGAGGGUUGAAUGAGUUCAGCAUGGUGGAGUAUGAGCGCCCUAGUGGAGGCGCUCCCUCGCUGCACCCUCGCCGUCACCGCUCCCUGGUGGUCUUGAUAGACUUUUCGACUGCGUUCGACACCAUUGACCACGGGAAGUUGCUGGUCAUGCUCGACAGGCUCCCGCGCCUUGGCCCCCGCACGAAACGCUGGUUGCGCAACUACCUGCGGGGCCGAUACGUUAGGGUGAGGGUCCGCGAACAGACUUCGCGGCUACAACUCACCUCCGCUGGGGUGCCCCAGGGCAGUGUGCUGGGGCCCCAGCUCUUUCUCUAUUACGUGGAUGACCUGCUGCGCCGCCUGGACAACAUUUACUCUGCGUCGGCCUUCAUGUAUGCUGACGACCUGACGCUCGUUGCCUCGGGUGCGGACAUCCACGCUUGUGCUGCGGCAAUGCAACCGGCCCUGUCCCUUGUGACCUCAUGGGCUGCCGAGCACAACCUGAAGAUCAACGUAGACAAGAGCGAAGCUGCCUUGUUCUGCGUUUCUUCUCAUACACUGUCUGACGAGGAUCCGGUCGCCUUGAGGCUUGGAAAUGGGAACCUGCAGAUUAAGUCCCAUCCAGUGCGCCUGCUUGGCACAACGAUUGACCGGCUCCUCAACUUUGGUCCGCAUGCUGCUGCCGCCGCCAAGCAAACGAUGCUUCGCCGGUACCAGCUGCGGCUCGUCGCGCAAGCGGGGGCGUCGCACCACACCAUGCGCUCAUUCCUGAUCGGGUAUGUGCACAGUGUGCUGCUCUACAGUGGCGAGGCGAUCGCCCCGUGCCUGGCCCCCACAUACCUGCACAACAUGGAAGUGCGGUACCGCGACAGCUGCAAGACAUCCCUUGGCCUGAGUGCGUCCACGGAAGACACGUCUGUCUACCUGGAGGCCAACCUGCUCCCGCUGCGGAAGGUUCUUUGGCUCCGCGCACUCUCGCAACAUGAGCGCUACACCCGCCUGCGAAAUUCUGAGGAUUUACGUGCCGCUAUCUACUCGGAACCCGCCCCGCCAUCGCUGGGUCGGAAAGCAGCGACGGCAAUCCCGCUGCCGAGAGAUGCCGUCCUCAACGAACUGCGACGUGUCUGUAGCCUCAUCGGCAUCUCCCCGGAGCACGCCCGUGCCCCUCUCGUCGGGCACCGCAUCACUCCCUGGUGCACUGAGAGCUGCCACAAGGUUUGUUUCUUCGUGCCGAAGUUCGCCAAGGACGCCGAGGACCACGUCAGACGCCAUGCCUUUGAAACGGUUUACGCCUCGCUGGAGCCCCAUGAGUUGGAGCUCUGGACGGACGGUUCGUCGUCCCUCCCCGACCUCACAUCUGGGUCUGCUGCGCUGCUUUAUGACGUCACGCGGUCCGACGCGACCCCUGCGGAUGUCCACCGCGCAGCCGCGGGGAAACUUGCCUGCUCCUACAGAGCAGAGUGUCUUGCCAUAGAGAAUGGCUUCCGACACCUUUUAGUUCCACGGCUCACAGCGACCCAAACGCCCACGCGAGUUCUGGUAGCCACCGACUCCCUUUCGGCGAUAGAGGCACUCCGUGUUGAUCCCCUGGCGGCUCACGACUAUGCCACCGAAGAGAUCUGGAUCAUGCUGCUCUCACUGGUGGAGC